GGCGUACGGGGUGAAGCAGGCAGGGGGGUUGGGGGAUGGAAACCGGACCAUAAGCACCUGGGAACCUUCAUCUCGGCCUGUGUUUCUGGCCGGAGCCGUUUUCUGAUGGCCCAGGCGCCCCCGCCCCCACCGCCCUCCCCUGGACCCUCUUCUCUUUACCCUGGUCUUCUCUCCCCUUACCCGGCGCCGCCAGCUCUUGGGGGAUACCCUGAGGCCACCGACCCGCCGCCAUCUGCAACCACGGGAGUAGCCCGGGGCCGUUCCGGAGUCGCCCGGACCCGAGAGGCUGCUGCACCGGGCCUCAGUCACCCCUCCGGAUGCUGGUGCUGCCGUCCCCCUGCCCCCAGCCCCUGGCGCUUCCCUCCGCUGAGGCCAUGGAGGCGCCUCCCCCUCGGACAGGCGGGUCCCCAGAACCCGGACCUUCCUCUUCCACAGGAUGUCCCCAGACUUCGUCCCCUUCGAGGCCCAACCACUACCUGCUCAUAGACACCCAGGGCGUCCCGUACACCGUGCUGGUGGACGAGGAGUCUCAGAGAGAGUCCGGACCCGAUGGGGCUUCGGCUCAGAAAAAGUGCUACAGCUGCCCAGUGUGCUCCCGGGUCUUCGAGUACAUGUCUUACCUUCAGCGACACAGCAUCACCCACUCGGAGGUCAAGCCCUUUGAGUGUGAUACCUGCGGGAAGGCAUUCAAGCGGGCCAGCCACCUGGCGCGGCACCAUUCCAUUCACCGGGCAGGUGGCGGGCGGCCCCACGGCUGCCCGCUCUGCCCUCGCCGCUUCCGAGAGGCGGGCGAGCUGGCCCAGCACAGCCGGGUCCACUCCGGGGAGCGCCCCUACCAGUGCCCGCACUGUCCACGCCGAUUUAUGGAGCAGAACACGCUGCAGAAGCACGCUCGGUGGAAGCAUCCCUGAGCCAGGCUGCGGGGUACCUCAGGUACCAUGGGAUUCUGUGGGGAGCGUGGACUCCCGUCGCCCUCAAACAGCCGGGAGCGCCAGAGGCUGGGCUGCGGGGGCCCUGGACACAAACACAGGACCCCCCCGUGGGGAGGCUGAGCCCUGCCUUGAGGAGUAAUCUUCGGGUCCUCAGCCUCAGUGUUUUGGAGAUAAGGAUGGGAAAAAGACCUCACGUUUACAGAGUGGAGUCCUCUAACCUCAGAGACAUCAGCGAGUCCACGGCUGAGCCCUGACUGGAGGGGUAGGGAGCAGAGUGCUGUGUGUUGAAAUUCUCGGGCCUGGAAACCCAUGGUUGGGGGCCAUCAGGAAUCUGCAGCAUCUUGCUGAGGCCCCCCUGCGAUGCUGGGGGAAGGGGCCCCAGACCUGCUUCCCACUCCCCAGCCAGGGUCUGAGACUGGACACUCACUAAACACAGGUUCCACUUUGAGCGUGUGAGGUUUUGGGGGACCGUGUCUCUGCCGACUGUCUAGCACAGAGACUGAGCAAGUGCCUGGCCCACUUGGGCCUUGGCUUGCCUGGGAAGGUUGGCCUGCACUGGGGUUCGCCCUAGCUUGGCUCCUGACCGCCUGUGUCAUAUAGGCCGAAUGUUUUUAAAUAUUUCUUUUUUUUUUAAACCACGAUCCAUUGUAAGAAACAUUUUAUAUGGCAACGCCGUAUAGAUACACAAUAUAUGCAAAACAAAGGUUUAACAGUAGUUACCUCUGCCAUGUGCAGAUCUGUUUUUUUCCAUCUACUUUUUUUUUUUUUAAGACUGCCAAUUCCAGAUUUCAUUCUACCAUAUUAUCUGCGCAUGAACCUGUAGUUUGAAAAACACCGAUCUAGGGCAGGUGCCUCCCCCUGGACGUUUUGACUGAGGCUGCAAUUUAUCCGUAGUGUGAAGUGGGUAGGAGGGGAGAGUGACACUUUCUAGGUGGCACAGACAUUUAGGUUCUCCCGCUGCAGGGUUAAAGCACGACUCUCAUAAGGGCUGGCAGAAAUUCCAGAGCAUGGAAGCUACCUGAGAAUGGGAGGAGAGGCAGGUGGAGCUGGGCCAGAAGCUGAAUAAACAUCUGUCU